AGCCUUUAGGUUCAACUAUAUACUCCAGCAAACAUCAUCGUCACUCAUGUCGGCCGGAUCCAACAAGCUCUUUGAGUUCACCAGAGAGGUGAACCAUUUUUGUGAAUUGCAGCCUGAAAGCGAGCUGGCCAAGAUCAAGGUAGUUCCUUCCUACAUUUUGGUGGGUGACCAGUCCAGCGGGAAGACUUCAUUACUCAGCAGACUGGCACGGUUGCCUCUGGGGUACACGGCAAACAAAACUGGGACGCGGCGGCCGGUGGAGUACAAUUUGAUCCACGACGACUCAAAGUCAGAGCCCGACAUUGAAGUGAACUCCAGGAAGGUGAAUGAGGCUGACUUUCUGAGCGUCAUGAUCAAAGAAAACGGCACGGAAGGCUUCAAUGACUCGGCCGUCUCAGUGAAGAUCCUCUGGAAGAAUAUACCUGAAUCCGUCAUUGUUGCUGACAUGCCGGGGAUGAAAGACGGCGACAACGCCCCAGAGAACAUGAUCCUGAAGAGGCUAAAGAGCCCAAAUGUCAUUCCUGUGGUCAUUUUGGAGCCAAAGGACUUUGACUCCAAACACUUUGCGUUCGACUUGUUGAAGAAAGCCGGGAGAAGCUAUGCUGAUAUCAUCGCUGUCGUCAACAAGUGCGACGAGAAGAUGGCUCAAAUGGGGCAAUGGUCAAACCAGUCCGAUUGGACUGAUUUUUGGGACACCGCUAGGAAGAAGGGCUUCAAGAAGAUCUGUAUCACUGGAUGGCCAUGCAGCAGCAGUGACCGAAACAGCCAGGAUCUGGCAAAGCAAAAGAACGUGCUUGGUCAAUCGUGUGACGCGGAGGAUCGACUGAUAGCAGAUUGGAAGUCGCGCGUGGAAGUAACUUCUGAAGCUGCUGAGUGCAUUGGUUUGGACAAGUUCCGGCAAUUGCAUCGAUUGGGGGAGCUUUGUGACCGGAGUUUGCCGCAUAUCCGGUGUCAGAAGAAAGAGAUUGGGGAUAGAGUGGAGGAACUCAAGAAGAAGUCGAAGGAGAGCUUGAAGGUCGUGCUUUCCCAGCUCAUGCAUGAAUGGGCUUACGAGGUGCUAGAGCUGGUGGAUGGGGAUGUAGAUGUCCACAAGUUCAACAAUUCGUCUAAGACCGCAGAAGAAGAUCUCCACGAGCUCUUCAAUCAGGGCAAGCAGCAGUUUGAGCAGCUGCCGAGUCACAAUCUGCAUCGGGACUACACAAAGCACUUCCUCAAGGGCUGCUUCUUCAGAAUCAGCCUUCCCACAGAGGGAACUGACCCAAAGAUGGAGAUUGACAACUGGAUCGGUCUGGUCUCCCAAUCCAUCUUCGCACCGAAUGAGAAGUUGGUUGGGAAAGCCGCCUUUGAGCGGACCUUGGACAUUGCCUUCACGACCUCCCUUUGUCGCACCUUCCAACAUGCAUUGACGGAGUUUGACGCGGACUUCAUCAAUACGGUUUGUUCUAAGUAUUCCCAGGACACGGGGAACAAAGUCAUCCAGCAGUUUGUGAAGCGAGUUCUGCUGCCGGGAUCGCUGCAUCCUAUGGUGGAUGUAGUCAGCCUCCUUGUUCUGAAACAUUUGCAGACUUGCUUCACGCGGUCUGACAAGCCUUAUUCUGAAGAGACUAGGUGCCUCAAGGAGCUAAAACCCGAAGAAUAUUUCAAUGCAUCCGCCAACCACUAUGCUGUGUUGUUGGUGCAAGAAUUCAACAGAGACUUGCAUGAGCGUCUGGAGGAACACGGUGCGCUUCUUCAAGGACGCUGCCGGAACGGGGAGAGCAAUUUUGCCCUGGACAACAACUGCUCUGGACACACCUUACCUGGUGAUGCGUUCUAUGCUGAUUUGGCCGCUGAGAACUUUUGCAGUGCUGCCUCGCACUUUUUGAAAAUGGGUAUGCAGGUUCUUGGGAAAGCUGGGGUCAAAAGCCAGCAAGCUGUCUAUUUUUAUGAACUAUUAUUGGCGUCUGCUGCGCAGAAGAACUCUCAGAUGAACGAGAAGGACAUGUUUCCCUUGGGAGUGGAAGCCAAAUCCGUUGACAAGGUACGAAAGUUACGAUCGCUGCCCAUUCCCGCGAACAAGACCAUCGCAAUAACGAUGGAUGUGAAGUUCCAGCAGCAAACUUCCACCAAGACGGAGCAGCCAGGUAUAAUGAGUACCUUGCGGAACGGAGAUAAAUCAUCGCAAGCAGGUGCAGAGGACAAGAAGUUGGUCGGAAUGGAGCUCCAAGACAUGCGCUCCGACGAAGGCCUGCUAGACGAGAAGGAACCUUGUGGGCCUUUUGUCCAAGUGGCGUUGAAUGACUUUAAGGAGAACAAGUGGUUGCUAAGCAAGAGCUGCAAGUGUGGCGAGCCCAAACCGGUUGUGACCUUUGAGGAGGACGAGCUGAAGCAAGCAAACAUUUCAGAUCGGUUUAUCACGGUUGAUGUGCUCGUCAGACAGUGCGGAGUGAGCGUUACUUCCUGGAGUGGCUUCAUCUUUGCCUGGCAUGUUUCCUGAAUGUAUGUGCAGCUGCGUGACGAAUCGCCAAGACUGGUGUGGUUUAGAAUGAACACUGUUCUAGUAGCUUCUUGUUCCUAGUAGCGAGGCCAGGAGCCCCUAGUAGCGUCCUUGCUCUUAGUAGGCAUGCCAGGAGCCUUCUUUUUCCUAGUAGUAAGGCCUGGAGCCCCUAGUCGCGCCCUUAAUCCUAUCCCCCCCCAAUCCUAUCCCCCCCCGGCGCGCACCGUGCGAAAAGGUCCUAGUAGCUUCUAGUUUCAAUUCCAAUUAAAUUCUAAUUAGACUUAAGUUAAUUUUAGUUCUUUUUUUAUUUAUUUCUUGUUUCUAAUAGCUUCUUGUUACUACUAGUAGUAUGG